UAUUAUUAUUAUUAUUAUUAUUAUUGUAAAAGGUGGGAAAAUACUAAAGCGUGUAGUUUCCUCCGUCGAAGAUGCUGUUCUAGCUCGCUGCAAAUCGCCUCCGCUCUCUCAGUCAAAUUUUCCGGCAGUUUUCGAUUCUUGGUAAUUGAAUAGUUAUACUGAUUCGCCAGACAACGAACCUGACUCUGCAUGGGAGCUCAAUGCCUGCAAACAAGGAGAAGGUUGGAGUGGCUGCUCCUUUUGUAAUGCUGUGAUUUGUCAGGGGACUUGGAGGGGCUUCUUGGUCCCCAUUUCCAACAUAUGAGUCCGAAUUGUGUAGCGAUUAUGUAGGUGCAACAGACCAUGAGUUUGAGACUCCAUUGCCCUUUUCUUGGGGCUCCGCUUCACGGAUCUUCUUCAUAUGGUGGAAAAGUGGGAGGUUUUGGUUACUUGGAUGGAGGGUUGUUGGGUAGAAGGCGAUAUCGCAGGUGUGUAUGUGCAAAGCAGAAUCAUUGGAUAACUCAAGUGAUUAGGUUUUCACAUUUUUGUGGACACAAUGUGGAGUUGUUAAAGAGUACUCUAAGCUCUAGAUAUGAAACCAAAGUAAAAUGUGUUGAAGAGCGUCUUACUCGAAGCAAGGCUUUGGUGAGUUCUCUGUCCCAUUUGCGGAAUGAGGGAUUACUUUUUGUUAGGUGUUCUGUUCUUGUAGCUGUGAUCUCUGGAGUGUGCUUAUUAGUAUGGUAUGGGAAGGCAAAAGCCAAAGGGUUUAUCGAAGCUAAACUUUUACCGUCUGUUUGUUCAUCACUUAGUGAUUACAUACAACGAGAUCUUGAUUUUGGUAAGGUACGAAGUAUUUCACCUUUGAGCAUUACAUUAGAGUCGUGCUCAGUAGGGACUCAUAAUGAAGAAUUUUCUUGUGGGGAGGUACCCACGAUGAAAAUUCGAAUCCGUCCUUUUGCUAGUUUGAGAAGGGGAAAGAUUGUGGUUGAUGCAGUGUUGUCUCAUCCAACUUUAUUGGUCUCACAGAAGAAAGAUUUUAGUUGGCUAGGAAUACCUUCAAUGGAAGAUGAUUCAAAGAGACGUUUGUCAACUGAAGAAGGAAUCGAUUACCGUACAAAAACCAGGAGGAUUGCUAGAGAGGAAGCUGGUUCUCGCUGGGAAAGUGAAAGAGAUGAAUCAGCCAAAAAAGCUGCAGAAAUGGGUUAUAUUGUUUCUGACAAGGAAUCUAGUCAAUAUGGAGGUGAUGUUAUGAAGGAAAGUGGCAGUCAAUUAAUAGCAUUUACAAGUUUAGACUCUUUUUUAUGCAUGGAUGAGAAGAUGCAUUUGAGAGGUCAUCAUUGCCUGGACACAGGUGUUGAGUAUGACAUGAAGCAUGCAGAUUUGGAGAAAUCUUUUGGUGUAAAAGUUCCAGGUUCCGGGCUUAAAUUCUGGUCCAAAGUGAUACAGGGCCCUAAAAAACAGAAAUUUAAGAAGAAAGCUAAUGGAAGUGAUACCUCAGUAUCUACCUUGACUGCCAAAAGAAGAAUUCUCGGGCGAAGUGCAAUAUCGGCUGCUGCAUAUUUUCAGGGACUGCAUCGAAAGUCUAGUGAGUCUUCAAAUUCGUUUGGAGGUGAUAAUGUUACGAAUUUUGACAAUUUUACAGUGAAAAAUGAGGUUGAUACUAAUGCCAGUACUUCUAUCACAAGUCUUGCUCGAUCUAAUAAUAGUGAUUCCUGUAUGAAAAGUGAGGAUGUAGGAGGUGAUGUAGUCAAUGAGAGUACCAAUGAUGAGAUAUUUGAGAGCCAAGAUAAUCUUUCAUCACUAACCUCAUCUUCCAUACAACUUGAAGUUGAUCGUCCAAUUUUAAUCUGGCCCCAAUCCUUGAUAUCGAGUUUUCCCAAUUUUUCUAGAAAUAUGAAGGAGUUGUUAUCUUGCUUAGUCACUGGUCCCAUUCAAAAGCUAACAUCAACUAUGGGUCCUAGAGUUGAAGAUAUUGUUGCAGAACUUGUUGAUGGGGUAGAUACAGUGCAUGAUGCAAGCAUUGAGAAAAUGCUCCCAGUUACGCUAGAUUCUGUUUAUUUCAAAAGUGGAACGCUAAUGCUACUUGCAUAUGGUGACAUGGAACCAAGGGAAAUGGAGAAUGUCAGUGGACAUGUGAAGUUUCAAAAUCACUACGGCCAAGUUCAUGUACAAUUGAGUGGGAACUGUAUGAUGUGGAGAUCAGAUUUGUCAGAUAUGAUGUGGGAAGAUGGUGGUUGGUUGUCUGCAGAUGUUUUUGUUGACAUUGUUGAACAGAAAUGGCACGCCAACUUGAAAAUUGCUAACUUAUUUGCUCCGCUUUUUGAGAGAAUUUUAGAAAUUCCAAUCGAGUGGUCCAAAGGUAGAGCCACAGGCGAGGUUCAUGUGUGCAUGUCUACGGGAGAAACAUUUCCAAAUCUCCAUGGGCAACUUGAUGUAACAGGCUUAGCUUUUCAAAUACUUGACGCUCCAUCUUGUUUUUCUGAUGUUUCAGCAAGCUUAUGUUUCCGUGGCCAACGAAUAUUCCUACACAAUGCACAUGGGUCUUUUGGUGCAGUUCCUUUAGAGGCCUCGGGAGAUUUCGGAAUUCAUCCCGACGAGGGAGAGUUUCAUGUUAUGUGUCAGGUUCCCUGUGUCGAAGUAAAUGCUUUGAUGAAUACUUUCAAGAUGAAACCUCUCUUGUUUCCGCUGGCUGGUUCAGUGACUGCUGUAUUUAAUUGUCAAGGUCCACUAGAUGCUCCAGUAUUUGUAGGAAGUGGAAUGGUUUCUAGAAAGAUGUCUCAUUUAGCUUCUGAGUUUCCUCCAUCCUGUGCAUCUGAAGCUGUUCUAAAAAGUAAGGAGGCUGGUGCAGUGGCAGCAUUUGAUCGCAUUCCCUUUUCGUAUUUAUCAGCCAACUUCACUUUCAAUACUGACAAUUGUAUGGCUGACUUGUAUGGAAUUCGAGCUAGUCUUGUGGAUGGUGGUGAAAUUCGAGGUGCAGGGAAUGCAUGGAUUUGCCCAGAGGGUGAGGAGGAUGAUACUGCAAUGGAUGUGAAUUUUUCUGGAAGUAUGUGCUUUGAUAAAAUUAUGGAUCGAUAUAUGCCUGGUUAUCUUCAACUGAUUCCGCUCAAAUUAGGGGAUUUAAAUGGAGAGACAAAACUCUCGGGUUCUUUGCUGAAACCGAAAUUUGAUAUUAGAUGGACUGCACCAAAGGCUGAAGGGUCAUUUAGUGAGGCUCGGGGAGAUAUGAUAAUUUCACAUGAUUCAAUAACUAUUAACUCUUCAUCUGUUGCUUUUGAUUUGACAACCAAAGUUCAAACAUCUUAUUGUGAUGAAUACGGGUUAAACACAAACGAUUUUAGUGCAAAGACUUCUGUGCCAUUUACUGUUGAGGGGAUUGAGUUGGAUUUGCGUAUGCGUAGUUUUGAGUUCUUCAGCUUGGUCUCAGCUUAUCUUUCUGAUUCUCCAAAGCCGUUGCAUUUGAAAGCAACGGGAAGGGUCAAGUUUCAGGGAAAGGUCUUGAAAUCUAGUGAGCAAGAUUUGAGUCUUGAAAAUAACACGCAACAAGUGAAUAGUAAUGAAGGGAAAAUAGGCUGUCUUGCUGGUGAAGUUCUGAUCUCAGGUCUCAAAUUGAAUCAACUGAUGUUGGGACCUCAAUUGAAUGGAUUCUUAAGCGUUUCACGUGAUUGUGUCAAGUUGGAUGCCACAGGUAGGCCAGAUGAAAGUCUUGCACUGAUGUUUGUGAGGCCAUUAAGCCCUAACAUUGACGAUAAUUCGCAAAAUGGAAAGUUGCUGUCGUUUUCCCUUCAAAAGGGACAGCUGAAAGCUAACAUUUGUUUUCAACCUUUCCACUCUGCUAGCUUGGAGGUGCGUCAUUUGCCGCUUGAUGAGCUGGAGUUGGCCUCACUGCGGGGGACAAUACAAAAGGCAGAAAUUCAACUUAAUCUUCAGAAAAGAAGAGGUCAUGGACUGCUAUCUGUACUUCGUCCAAAAUUCAGCGGUGUGCUAGGUGAAGCCUUAGAUGUGGCUGCUAGAUGGAGUGGGGAUGUUAUUACUGUUGAGAAAACUGUGUUGGAGCAAAGCAAUAGCCGUUAUGAACUUCAUGGUGAAUAUGUGCUGCCUGGCACCCGAGAUCGAAAUCUUGCUGACAGGGUGAGAGAUGGAUUGUUUAAAAGGGCAAUGGCUGGGCAUCUAGGCAGCGUCAUAUCUUCAAUGGGGAGGUGGAGAAUGAGGAUUGAAGUUCCCCGAGCUGAGGCCGCUGAGAUGCUUCCCCUUGCAAGACUUAUUUCUCGAAGUACAGAUCCUGCUGUUCAUACAAGAUCAAAGGACCUCUUUAUUCAAAGCUUGCAGUCGGUGGGAUUGGACCCUAGAAGUGUGAAAGAAUUGCUUGAGGUUAUCCAUUUCCAUUUCAUAUCAUCAAAUGAAGUUAUUCUAGAAGAUUUGAGUCUUCCUGGUCUAGCUGAACUUAAAGGUCAUUGGCAUGGUUCUCUUGAAGCAAGUGGAGGCGGAAAUGGAGAUACAAUGGCAGAAUUUGAUUUUCAUGGUGAGGAUUGGGAGUGGGGUACAUACAAAACUCAGCGUGUUCUUGCGGUUGGUGCUUACAGCAAUGAUGAUGGUCUGCAUUUGGAGCAAAUUUUCAUCCAGAAGGACAAUGCCACAAUUCAUGCAGAUGGGACCUUAUUGGGGCCUAAGAACAAUCUUCACUUUGCCGUUCUAAAUUUUCCUGUUAGUCUAGUCCCAACACUGGUUCAGGUUAUUGAAUCGUCAGCUAAUGAUGCUAUUCAAUCAUUGCGGCAAUUUUUAGCACCAAUUAGGGGUAUAUUACACAUGGAAGGUGAUCUAAGAGGAACUCUGGCCAAACCAGAAUGUGAUGUGCAAGUAAGGCUCUUGGAUGGUGCCAUUGGAGGUAUUGAUCUCGGAAGAGCUGAAAUUGUAGCUUCAUUGACUUCAACUAGUCGUUUUCUAUUCAACGCAAAAUUUGAACCAAUUGUUCAAAAUGGUCAUGUACAUAUCCAAGGAAGUAUUCCUAUUAAUUUCGUCCAAAAUAGCAUGCCAGAAGACGACAAUGUAGAGAGUGAUAAUAGUCAAGUUACUUGGGAACGUGGUUGGGUAAAGGAAAGAGAUAGGGGUUCCAUUGAUGAUUCCAGUGACAAGAAACUUCCCCGAGAAAGAAAUGAAGAGGCUUGGGAUACCCAAUUAGCUGAAAGCCUAAAGGGAUUAAACUGGAACAUUCUAGAUGUUGGAGAAGUUAGGGUCGAUGCUGAUAUUAAAGAUGGAGGCAUGAUGUUGCUAACAGCUUUAUCUCCUCAUGCGAACUGGCUUCAUGGCAAUGCUGAGAUUAUGCUACAGGUGAGAGGAACAGUUGAACAACCAGUGCUCGAUGGAUCUGCAACAUUCAACAGGGCAUCGAUAUCUUCUCCAGUACUCUGGAAACCGCUGACAAAUUUCGGUGGUGCAGUUAAAAUAAAAUCUAAUAGGUUAUGUAUCAGCUCAUUGGAAAGUAGGGUUAGCAGAUGGGGUAAGCUAUUUGUAAAAGGGAAUCUGCCUCUUAGGACAAGUGAAGCAGCCGUUGGCGAUAAGAUAGAGUUAAAAUGUGAAGUUCUUGAAGUACGCGCAAAGAAUAUCUUAAGUGCCCAGGUUGAUUCUCAGAUGCAGAUAACGGGUUCCAUAUUACAACCAAAUAUUUCUGGGAAUAUUAAACUGAGCCAUGGAGAAGCAUAUCUACCACAUGACAAGGGUAGUGGAUCUGCUCAUAAUAGAUUGGCAUCAGACCAGUCUACACUACCAGGUGGUGAAGUUGCUUUGACAUAUGUUUCUCGGUUUUUCAAUUCUCAACCUGCUUCUUCAAGGACCCGAUUCCUUCAACCCUUAGUUGAUUCAUCCGAAGUUGAGAAGAAGAUGGAGCAUGUGGAUUUCAUACCCAAUGUAGAUAUCCGGCUAAGUGAUUUGAAGCUUCUUCUUGGCCCCGAGUUGAGGAUAGUAUAUCCAUUGAUUCUUAAUUUCGGUGUUAGUGGUGAACUUGAGUUAAAUGGCCUAGCUCAUCCCAAACGAAUACAGCCUAAAGGCAUCCUCACUUUCGAGAAUGGCGAUGUAAAUCUUGUUGCUACGCAGGUGAGACUUAAGCAAGAGCAUCUGAAUAAUGCAAAAUUUGAGCCCGAGAAUGGACUAGAUCCUAUGCUAGAUCUGGUUUUGGUAGGAUCUGAGUGGCAAUUCAGGAUACAAAGUCGAGCCAGCAAUUGGCAGGAUAAACUGGUUGUGACUUCUACCCGGUCUGUUGAGCAGGAUUCUCGUUCACCCACUGAGGCUACAAGAGUUUUCGAGAGUCAAUUGGCAGAGUCAAUCCUAGAAGGCAACGGUCAGCUUGCAUUCCAAAAGCUAGCCACCACAACUCUCGAAAAGCUCAUGCCAAGAAUCGAAGGAAAAGGAGAAUUCGGUCAGGCGAGGUGGCGGAUAGUUUACGCACCACAAAUCCCUAGUUUGCUUUCAAAUAACGGCGCAAUUGAUCCCCUUAAAUCUCUUGCCAGUAGUAUCUCAUUCGGUACAGAAAUUGAAGUGCAGCUCGGGAAACGUCUUCAGGCUUCCAUUGUUAGGCAGAUGAAGGACUCAGAAAUGGGAAUGAAGUGGACAUUAAUGUACCAGCUUACGAGCCGAUUGCGUGUAUUGUUACAAUCCGCGCCUUUAAAACGCCUUAUUUUCGAGUACUCAGCUUCAUCACAAGACUGAUCCUUUUCCUUUCCUGCAAAUGUAAAAUGUAAAUAUAGCUUAUAACAUUCUUUUCUAGUGUUUUUAGUAUUCUUUCUUUGGAGAUAUAUAGAAGCCACAUAUGAUUCAUCUCUGAAUAAUCUAACAAUGAAUCAAAAAUAUCAUUCUUUGCUCAA